AUGAAAAAGUCUGUGCCGCUCGCCACUUCGCAUAAGGCGGAAGAGGGAGGCGCCUCUGUGAGUAAAGCGCAUACUUUCCGUCCUGCGUGCGUAGAGACCUCCACCAUAACCUUCAGCACUGGCACCAAUAGCGAGAGAAGCCGAAGCAGCAGCAACACCGAUAGCGACGCACCCCCCAAUGAUGCUUUCACGGUGGCGGCAGAUGUGGAGUACUACCUGACCAACACUAGCCACCACAUCCAAAUCAUUGCCUCUCCUUCCGUGAUGUACAGCAGCAACAAACCUGCGACCAACGCCUACGCCACCACGAGUAGCUUUCGUGAGCUGCCAGUGUCCAGUGCUCCUCAGGAGGCUCUGCUCGCUGUGAAUUCACCGCCCAUCCAGACCACCGAUGUCGAGGGUCGCCUCAACGUCUCAAGCUGCUUGAGCAGCAUCAAUAGGCCAUGCCAGGUGGAUGCUGUUGCCCUGAGCCCAACCUCCAACUGCCUUCGGAAGGUGUUAGACAACGCCGACGAGAUGCUCUUAUCACGCGUGCUAACACUUGAAGAUAGCCACCACGACGGCGGUACCAACACCUCGCUAGGUAUCUCGGAGUGCUCGUCGACGAAUGCUGACGACCUAAAGAAGGAUAACCUACCCCUUCGCAACAGCGGAAAAACGAAGGAUGAGAAGCGUUUCUUCUCUUCGACGCCGCGCAGCGGAGAGUUUGUGCCGCUGAUUGAGUGGCUGCUGCGCCGCGGCGAGCGCGGCGACGUCGGUGCACCGGCGGCAUCGCAGGAGGACGGCGGCGAGUGCACGCAGGCUCACUUCUUCAGCGAGGACUACCUCACGAGGUUGUGCGCCGCGGCGACGGCGGUGCUGGAGAAGGAGCCAACGGUGCUGGAGUUGGAGGUGCUGGAACACGACACGCUGGUGGUGGUGGGCGACAUCCACGGCCAGUUCCAGGACCUCUACACGAGCGUGCUCUGCCAGCAGUACGACCGGCACCAGUGCAACCUGGACGGACGCGACCGCCGCUUCCUGUUCAUGGGCGACUACGUGGACCGCGGCCCGCACAGCCUGCAGGUGGUGCUGCUGCUGCUGGCGCUGAAAGUGGAGUACCCGACGCUGGUGUACCUGAUGCGUGGCAACCACGAGGUGGAGAGGACGUCGCGGGUGUACGGCUUCCUGACGGAGGUGACGUCGUCGCUCGGCGCCGCAACCGGCGCGGCGGUGUGGAGCGCCGUGAACAAGGUGUUCCUCGACCUGCCGCUGGCUGCUAUCGUGCAGUCACUGUAUAUGCGCUUCUUUGUUACUCACGGCGGCCUCUCGCCAACCUUGCAGAAGGUGGAUGAUAUCUCGAGGAUCGAUCGGCACGCAUAUGACACUGGCAAGCUGUCGAAGGAGGCGCACAGCAUUGUUGAGGGCCUUCUCUGGUCUGAUCCAUGCUCGGACGCAGGCUGCUUUGCCCCUAGCUCGCGUGGGUGUGGGUGGAACUUUGGCCCUACCGCUUCGAGCACUUUCUGUAAGAAAAACGAACUGAACUUCAUCUGCCGCGCACAUCAGCUGACGAUGGACGGGUAUUUCUGGACGCACGACGACCGCGUCGUGACGGUGUUCUCCGCCCCCAAUUACUGCGGCGUCAACAAUAACCGUGGCGCCGUCAUGGUUGUGUCCGGAGAAGCAAGCAGACCGUUCUUCCAUCAGUACGAGUGCUACGAGGAGAGGAACUAUUCGUGCCCGGACUUGAGCUUCCACAUCUCCUCCUAUUUUAACUAA